AGUACUACAAGCGCCACCACUGGAAUCUCUUCCUCUGUUGCUGCAUGUUCAUCUUCUUUGGUGGUCUCCACAACCACUAGUGCGGCACCCUACAUCGCGCUGACAUCCAUGUCACAAUUCUCCAGUUUGGACGUGUCUUCUCAAAUGGUUCACAGAUCUAGUAUUGUAGCAAAGUUCAUCCUCUGGGAUCAAAGUUGUGAGAUGUCUCCAUUCCUUCCAAGAAGCACGCUACAAAUUAAGCUGCAUUCCAUGCACCAUGCUCCGAUCCAUCUACAGCCAGUACUACUCAAACUUCUCUUCCGGCCAACAACUUGCAUUGCUGAACUCA